AUGGUCGUCUCGCGGAAAACCGUUACGGAUGAAGCCCUCGUGUCUUCGUUUGAUGAGUCAAAUGCCCCUUGCAGCAAUUCUGCAUGCUCAAGGCCAGUCACAGAUUCAUCUGGUGCUAUGCAGUGUGAUGUUUGCUCUCGUUGGUAUCACAAAAGUUGUACCGGCCUCCGAGCGAAUCAGUACAAGAUGCUAUCAUCCAGUGAAAGCCUUCUGUUUAGAUGUGCUGAUUGUUGCGCUCAGAAAGCGAAGCUCCCGGCUUUCACCUGUGCUGAAUUCAAAGCACUAGCGUCCAGAUUCACAGUUGUCGAGAAGGCAUUAGCCGAGCUUGCCUCACUUGCCUCGCUCAAUUCUAAAGUGGAUUUGAUUAUGAAAUCCCUGAAUAUUGCGAAUGUGGACGCUGUAACGGACUGUCCUUCUGCUGAUAGUCCAACCGUUGACGAGGAGUUCAUCCUACCGGACGCUCCUGUUCACGUGGAUAUAACAGACACAGAUGCCUCGGACGGCAUUGUUGACCCGCCCCAAAUGGAAGGCGAAUCACGGGCUCCUGAGCCAUUAAAGAAUAAGCGUAAGCGGGUAAGGAAAGCGCGCAAACCCUCCGCCCCCAAACCGGAAGGUGACAAAAUGCUCAAGAAGCAAGCGCCUGCUUUGAAAACACCACCUGGUGUUGCACUUCCCUCAGUGAGACAAGAGGUGCCGUCGCCUUCGGUUUCACCAAUUCCCGUCAGACAACCAUAUGGCGUGGAUGGUAGAGCAUGUGGUGUAAAUACACCUCGUCGAGGCGAUUCUUACACAGAUAGCAGUGUGAUUUUCAGAAACGUCACUGAAUCCACUGCAGCUCUUCCUGCCGAGCGCAUGCUUGAGGAUCUUGAUUGGCUUAAAGUUUGUGUGACCAGGCUUUUACCACCAGGUUUCCCUGGCGUUACUGUCAGGAAGCUCAUCAGAUUGGGGAACGUUCCGGUUGGUCAACCAAAUCCUCGACCCCGUCUGCUUAGGGUGGUCCUCUCCACCCCAGAAGAGCGCAGGGCCUUACUGAGAUUUGCCUUCAAGCUCAAAGGUACCAACGUUAGUGUGCAACCAGACCUUCCGUUAGCGGAUAGGUUAAAGUUAAAGGAAGCCAUCAGAGACCUAAAAGCCCGGCGUGCAGCUGGCGAGCAAGGUCUCCGAUUGGUGGGUUUUCAGGUGGUCAGCCGGCGGUCCUUUUCCGCCCUGCCAGAACCUAUACUACUUGCGCACGACCCAGGGCUGGUCGGGCCGAAACACUCCAAGUAGUACUUAGUAACGUGCGUAGCCUGAGGAACAAAAUGUGCGAGGUGGGUCUGCUCGUAGACAAAUCUCGUCCAGAUAUACUUGCUUUCACUGAAACGUGGCUGUCUGAGGAAAUCACAGAUGGCGAAGUAUAUCUGCCUGGCUACGCACUGUUCCGCGCUGAUCGCUCCACUGGCCGUC